AUGUACAGGACGUCGUUUUCUCCUCCACUUCAUAAUAACAGUACUACUACAAAUAGUGGUACAACUAAUGGACCCUACUAUCUCCAUCCUAACACUCCGUCCAUAAACGACCACCCACAGUCGCACCAACAACAGAUGGCGUCUCAAACUUUACAACAGCCGAAUUCAAUGACCACUGCUAAUCCUCAGUGGACUUCACCUGAUAAGCAACGUCUCAACUCGCAAAUUUUUACUCCAGGAUCUAAUAACAUGCCUUUUGGUUCGGGCUACCCGUCUACGAACGGCUCAA